GGUAGUUCGUUCUGAACGUUUCGUUAUUUUAUAGUUUGACUCGUUUAUUAUGGCAAAUAUUCAGCAAGGUACUUUGUCAAAUAUAAAAAAUAAAGAUUUGGUGGAUACAUGGAUUUCAUUGCCCAAAAAACAAAGGAAAAAUAAGUUAGUUGAAAAGGUUCUAAACCUAAUGAGACUUCAGACUGUCACGAAAGCAACUAAGCGGGAAUUUGAAAAAUCUGUUGGCAUUUUUUGUGCAAAAAUAAAUAUUAAAUGGCAAACAAAUUUUCGCAGAAAAGAACAGUUUUUAGCCAAAGAAAGCAAAUGGCUGAACUCUGAAAUAUAUAUGACCUCAUCACUAAAAGCUAUUUUAAGAAAACCAGCUGUUCCAGGUAACACUUUUGCUGAACAAAGCACUUCUCGUGGAAGACCAUAUGUAGCUUUUGGGGAGUCAAGUGAGAAGACUAAAAAGAGGCGAAUUGAAGAACUGGUCUCAAAAUACACCUUGGAGGAGCUUUCUUUUGCGGUAAAAGAAUUAUCUAAAAAAAGUAAUAGUCAGGUUGAGUUUAAGGAAUUCAAAAAACAUUCAUUGACUUUACAGGAGACUUUAGCGCUUUAUCUUCAGUUAGAACUUUCUCAGAGAAAAUAUAACUUACUUAGAUCAAUUAUUAAUAGUGUGCAUUCAGAAUUUUUACCUAGCAUCUAUAAACUGCGACAGUUUCGAGACAGUUUAUUACCAAAAGAUAUUAUAACCACAGAACAAGGAUCUGAAAUAAAUCUACAACAACUUCUUGAUUAUACAUUAAAAAGCAUUUUAAAAUCAAUAUUAGACAAAGAAUAUAUAAAAAGUGAAACUUUAACUCUGACAUCUAAAUACGGAUUCGAUGGAGGCUCUGGGCAUAGCACCUACAAACAACUGCGCAUUGAUUUGGAGAAAUUUAACGAUUUAGAAAAAUGUGCACAGUACGGCGAUUUCAACAUCCUCGGUGAAAAUACUACCUAUAAAUUAGGCAUUUUAGGAGUUUAUGAUGGCACGGCUAGCGAUUCGUUCAAGUGCCAUGCAGAUCAGCAACUUAGUACAGGGGAUCGCGAUAAUGAUGAGAAAUUGCAGGGUAGUUAG